GUUGAUGUGUCUCAUUAUAACAGCCAAUGCAGCCGCCAUCCACGCACAAGCAAAGAAGCAUGUCCCAUUUAAAUACACCCACGCAGCUCCAGCGCCCUUAGCCGAUCAGGGCGCGCAGCCCACUCGCACCGCGGCUCAGGGCUUGGAGAUCCGUGCAGGUUGGGCUCCUGGACCCCGCGGACCGAAGCGCAGAGGAUCGGGAUCCGGUGCUGUGGAGUCGGGGUGGGCGGGGGCGGUUGGGCCUGGGGCCUCUGGCCCGAUACCCGCAUGAGGACGCGAGUGAAAUAGACCAAGGUGGAAUUUCCAAGGAAGAAGCUUCGGGCUGGUUUUGUUCCAUUACUCCGGCGAAGAAGUAGACAUGGCGAGCGACUCCCCAGCUCGCAGCUUGGAUGAAAUCGAUCUCUCAGCUCUGAGGGAUCCUGCAGGGAUCUUUGAAUUGGUGGAACUUGUUGGAAAUGGAACAUAUGGGCAAGUUUACAAGGGUCGUCAUGUCAAAACGGGUCAGCUUGCAGCCAUUAAAGUUAUGGAUGUCACAGGGGAUGAAGAGGAGGAAAUCAAACAAGAAAUUAAUAUGUUGAAGAAAUAUUCUCAUCACAGGAAUAUUGCUACAUACUAUGGUGCUUUUAUCAAAAAGAACCCACCAGGCAUGGAUGACCAACUUUGGUUGGUGAUGGAGUUUUGUGGUGCUGGUUCAGUCACUGACCUGAUCAAGAACACAAAAGGUAACACAUUGAAGGAAGAAUGGAUUGCAUACAUCUGCAGGGAGAUCUUACGAGGGCUCAGUCACCUGCACCAGCAUAAAGUGAUUCAUCGAGAUAUUAAAGGGCAAAAUGUCUUGCUGACUGAAAAUGCAGAAGUUAAAUUGGUGGACUUCGGAGUCAGUGCACAGCUUGAUCGAACAGUAGGCAGGAGAAACACUUUCAUCGGAACACCCUACUGGAUGGCCCCAGAAGUUAUUGCCUGUGAUGAAAAUCCAGAUGCCACCUAUGACUUCAAGAGUGACUUGUGGUCUUUGGGAAUCACCGCCAUUGAGAUGGCAGAAGGUGCUCCCCCUCUCUGUGACAUGCAUCCCAUGAGAGCCCUCUUCCUCAUUCCCCGGAACCCAGCACCUCGGCUGAAGUCUAAGAAGUGGUCAAAAAAAUUCCAGUCAUUUAUUGAGAGCUGCCUGGUGAAGAACCACAGUCAGCGACCAGCAACAGAACAGCUGAUGAAACACCCAUUCAUCCGAGACCAGCCUAAUGAACGGCAGGUCCGCAUCCAACUCAAGGACCAUAUCGAUAGAACAAAGAAGAAGCGAGGAGAGAAAGAUGAGACGGAGUAUGAAUACAGUGGCAGUGAAGAAGAAGAGGAGGAGAAUGAUUCAGGAGAGCCCAGCUCUAUUCUGAACCUGCCAGGGGAGUCGACUCUGCGGCGAGACUUCCUGAGGCUCCAGCUGGCCAACAAGGAGCGCUCAGAGGCCCUGCGGAGGCAGCAGCUGGAGCAGCAGCAGCGGGAGAAUGAGGAGCACAAGAGGCAGCUGCUGGCCGAGCGCCAGAAGCGCAUAGAGGAGCAGAAGGAGCAGCGCAGGCGCUUGGAAGAGCAACAAAGGAGAGAGAAGGAGCUGCGGAAGCAGCAGGAACGGGAGCAGCGCCGGCACUAUGAGGAGCAGAUGCGCCGUGAAGAAGAGAGGAGGCGCGCGGAGCAUGAGCAGGAGUACAUCAGGCGACAGUUAGAGGAGGAGCAGAGACAGUUAGAGAUCUUGCAGCAACAGCUACUGCAUGAACAAGCUCUACUUCUGGAAUAUAAGCGCAAACAAUUGGAAGAACAAAGACAAGCAGAAAGACUGCAAAGACAGUUAAAGCAAGAGAGAGACUACUUGGUUUCUCUUCAACAUCAGCGACAGGAGCAGAGACCUGUGGAAAAGAAGCCACUGUACCAUUACAAAGAAGGGAUGAGCCCCAGUGAGAAACCAGCCUGGGCCAAGGAGGUAGAAGAACGAUCGAGGCUCAACCGGCAGAGUUCACCUGCCAUGCCCCACAAGGUUGCCAACAGAAUCUCUGACCCCAACCUGCCUCCAAGGUCGGAGUCCUUCAGUAUCAGUGGGGUUCAGCCUGCUCGGACACCCCCCAUGCUCAGACCAGUUGAUCCCCAGAUCCCACAUCUGGUAGCUGUGAAAUCCCAAGGACCUGCCUUGACCGCCUCCCAGUCAGUGCACGAGCAGCCCAGCAAGGGCCUCUCCGGGUUCCAGGAGGCUCUGAAUGUGAGUUCUCACCGCGUGGAGAUGCCACGCCAGAACUCGGACCCCACCUCUGAGAACCCUCCUCUCCCCACUCGCAUUGAGAAGUUUGACCGAAGCUCUUGGUUACGACAGGAAGAAGACAUUCCACCAAAGGUGCCUCAAAGAACAACUUCUAUAUCCCCAGCGUUGGCCAGGAAGAAUUCUCCUGGAAAUGGCAGUGCCCUGGGGCCCAGACUAGGAUCUCAACCCAUCAGAGCAAGCAACCCUGAUCUCCGGAGAACUGAGCCCAUCCUGGAGAGCCCCUUGCAGAGGACAAGCAGUGGCAGUUCCUCCAGCUCCAGCACUCCCAGCUCUCAGCCCAGCUCCCAGGGAGGUUCUCAGCCUGGAUCACAAGCGGGGUCCAGUGAACGGACCAGAGUUCGAGCCAACAGUAAGUCAGAAGGAUCACCUGUGCUUCCCCAUGAGCCUUCCAAGGUGAAACCAGAAGAAUCCAGGGAUAUUACCCGGCCCAGUCGACCAGCUAGCUAUAAGAAAGCUAUAGAUGAGGGCGAAAUGGAUCUGACGGCAUUGGCCAAAGAAUUAAGAGAACUCCGGAUUGAAGAAACAAACCGCCCGCUAAAGAAGGUGACUGAUUACUCCUCUUCCAGUGAGGAAUCAGAAAGUAGUGAUGAAGAGGAGGAAGAUGGAGAGAGCGAGACCCAAGAUGGCACAGUGGCUGUCAGUGACAUACCCAGGCUGAUACCAACGGGAGCUCCUGGGAGCACUGAGCAGUACAACGUGGGGAUGGUGGGCACGCACGGGCUGGAGACCUCUCACGCAGAGACUUUCAGCAGCAGUAUUUCAAGAGAGGGAACCUUGAUGAUAAGAGAGACAUCCGGAGAGAAGAAACGAUCUGGCCAUAGUGACAGCAAUGGCUUUGCCGGCCACAUCAACCUCCCAGACCUGGUACAGCAGAGCCAUUCCCCAGCUGGGACCCCAACUGAGGGACUCGGGCGUGUCUCCACCCAUUCCCAAGAAAUGGACUCCGGGACUGAAUAUGGCAUGGGGAGCAGUACUAAGGCCUCCUUCACCCCUUUUGUGGAUCCCAGAGUAUACCAGACCUCUCCCACUGAUGAAGAUGAAGAGGAUGAAGAAUCAUCGGCUACGGGAACCCAGAAGUAUCCAGGAACUCUGGGAAAACCUAUUCCUCAGAGACCUCCCAACUUACUGCAUAUUUCUCAAAAUCAAUUUCUGGCUCUGUUUACUAGCGAACUUCUUAGGCAAGAGCAGGCCAAACUCAAUGAAGCAAGAAAGAUUUCAGUGGUAAAUGUAAACCCAACCAACAUUCGGCCACAUAGCGAUACACCAGAAAUCAGAAAAUACAAGAAACGAUUCAACUCAGAAAUACUUUGUGCAGCUCUGUGGGGUGUCAACCUGCUGGUGGGAACGGAAAAUGGCCUGAUGCUUUUGGACAGAAGUGGGCAAGGCAAAGUCUAUAAUCUGAUCAAUCGGAGGCGAUUUCAGCAGAUGGAUGUGCUAGAGGGACUGAACGUCCUUGUGACAAUAUCAGGAAAGAAGAACAAGCUACGUGUUUACUAUCUUUCAUGGCUAAGAAACAGAAUACUUCACAAUGACCCAGAAGUAGAAAAGAAGCAAGGCUGGAUCACUGUUGGGGACUUGGAAGGCUGUAUACAUUACAAAGUUGUUAAAUAUGAAAGGAUCAAAUUCUUGGUGAUUGCCUUAAAGAACGCUGUGGAGAUAUAUGCGUGGGCUCCUAAACCAUAUCAUAAAUUCAUGGCAUUUAAGUCUUUUGCAGAUCUCCAGCACAAGCCUCUGCUUGUUGAUCUCACUGUAGAAGAAGGGCAAAGAUUAAAGGUUAUUUUUGGUUCACACACUGGUUUCCAUGUAAUUGAUGUUGAUUCAGGAAACUCUUAUGAUAUCUACAUACCAUCUCAUAUUCAGGGCAAUAUCACUCCUCAUGCCAUUGUCAUCUUGCCUAAAACAGAUGGAAUGGAAAUGCUUGUUUGCUAUGAGGAUGAGGGGGUGUAUGUGAACACCUAUGGCCGGAUAACUAAGGAUGUGGUGCUCCAAUGGGGAGAAAUGCCCACGUCUGUGGCCUACAUUCAUUCCAAUCAGAUAAUGGGCUGGGGCGAGAAAGCUAUUGAGAUCCGGUCAGUGGAAACAGGACAUUUGGAUGGAGUAUUUAUGCAUAAGCGAGCUCAAAGGUUAAAGUUUCUAUGUGAAAGAAAUGAUAAGGUAUUUUUUGCAUCCGUGCGAUCUGGAGGAAGUAGCCAAGUGUUUUUCAUGACCCUCAACAGAAAUUCCAUGAUGAACUGGUAACAGAAGAGCACUUGGCACUUAUCUUCAUGGCGUUAUUUCUAAUUUAAAAGAACCUAACUCAUGUGGACUUAUGCCGGUCUAGAGGCAGAAUCAGAAGGCUUGGUUGAACAUACCACUUCCCCCUUUUCCUCUCCCUCUACCCGUCCCAAUAAAGUCCAUCUUUCCAUGUUGCAGCCUGGUUGAGAAGGAGAGAAAAAGGUGGCAGGAAUUCCCAGGAGAUCCCCAAGAAUGCUGCAUUGUCUGCGGACAAAGAUGGACCAUGUGCCCUUCAGAGUUAGGGAUAGAAACAAAUAUUGUGUGCUCUUAUAAUCAAGCUGUGUUCUGGUGGAUUUUGAGUUUUGGUUGUUAGUUUUUUCCACCUUUUUUUUCUUUAUCCCCUUACUUUGUAAGAAUGGGGAGAGAAUGCAUACUGAGAAAAUGAACUGUUUUUAAUUCUGUCUGCCUGCUAGCUUUAAGUAUAUGAUGUGUUGUAAAAUUUCCAAUCUCAUAUGGUGAGAGACAGCACAAUAAAUGUACCUUAUCUCCUUACACUGAAGGCCAUAACUGCAUAGUGGGGUAAUUUUAGAACUCUUUUGCCUUUACCAACCCAAGUGGUUGCUUUUUGAUAGCAACUGGCUAAUGAAUUUUUAAAAGAGAAGAAAAAUACUAGUUUUCCCCUCUUUUGGGAAAUAGAUUUUAAAUGGCUAAACUACUAGCCUUAGACUAAUAAAAUCAACUACCAUUUUUGUGAGUCUGACAGGCCCUAUUUUUAUAUGGCCCUGGACAGAAUGGUGUGUGUUGAAUGGGAUAGUAGUGCCAGUGAGUUGAGUUCUCUCUAGUGACUGGGGGAAUCCAUAACACAACUUUCCCUCAGCUAUUAUGCAACAGAUCAGGGCAAAAGUUGGGAUGACUGAUGGGGUCAGACAGAAAGAGCUUCUGGAAAACAAACUAAAAAGAAAAUCACUAUAUAUAGAAUAUAUAUAUACUCACAAUUUUUUUAAAUGCACAAAGCCUCCCAGCUAAGAGGUCACUCAGUUGGGACUUCAUUAGGACUGAGCCUUUGUGGAGUUCUUUCUGGCAGUUGGGGAGUGGGUAACAUCCAUGCUCUGGUCAUACCCAGCUUUCUCCUGAGGGUGCCACUUUCUCAAGAUGAAAACUGUGACUGAAAUAAUAAUAAUAAUAAAAGUUUCUGAGCUGCCUGUGUUCUCUCUGGGUUGGUGAGAGAAGGGACUAGACUACUUAACCUGCCUAAGAUGUGGCAGGCAUCAUUGGUUCAGAUUUUAUAAAACUUGAAAGCAAGGCUUUGGCCAAAAUUCUGAGACCCUAAUCAUUUUACCUUUCUCCAAAUUACCCAACAUACGUAAACAACAUUUGUGCAGAGAUAUGUAUGUAUUUAGUUCAGAUUGACUGGUGUCCCUAUAAACUCUUACUCAGAUGAUUUGAACUUUUACGUGACUGUCUGGGAUUUUUUUUCCAAAGCUACAAGCAUGGCCGCCUGUGGUAUCGAGGUGUUGCAAACAAUAUCUGUGUUGCGCUUCCUGUUUUAACCUACCUCGUUUUGUUUGUUUUCAUUUCACUGUGCAUCACAGCAGUGUUAUCUCCAGGAGACAUAUAGAGAGCUCAACUGGCAAUCUCAGGUGUCGUUAAUAUUUUUAAAACAAAACAGUAGUUGGCCAAAUUGUUCUUGAGAAAUUUUUGUUAAAAAUGUCAACAACAGAAACAAAUGUGGCUUGUUUCUAGAAAGAACAAACACUGUAAACAGCUUUUUAAACAGAUUAUGAUCAUAGAUUUUUGCCUAAAUAUAAGAGCAGCUGAUGUACUAUUAAUGAGAACGAAACACACUUUAGGAAAAUGAAAGCACUUCAAUCUGGUUGUUGGGAAGGGGGGUUGGGGGAGGGCAAAUAUUCUGGCCUUUGAAUUCGAUGAUUAUUCCCCUCCCAUAAAGGUGGUUGUCAUUUUCAUUUACUGUAAGCAGGAAA